AUGGAUGGCAAGAAACUUUAUGUCAGUACUACCAGGAAGAUAAGUAAAAGAGGUUUACAGAAUACAAACAGGCACUUGAUCCAACCAGAGUGUUCUGGAUUCAGAAACAAGUUUCUGCAUAAAAAAGCAUGGCAAACAAUAAAAACAAUUGUCAACUUGCCAGUCAUCAGUCCGUUCAAGAAGCGAUACUCCUGGGUGCAGCUGGCUGGUCACACAGGAAGUUUCAAGGCAGCUGAUGGUGGGACUAUUCUGAAACGCUACUCGGAAAAUGAGGAGAAGUGCUUUGAACUGCUGAUGAACGAUCGGUUAUACUCCUGUGUCCCCGUCUUCCAUGGUGUGGUGGAGAGAGAUGGUGAAUCUUAUAUCCAACUAGACGAUCUUCUUACAAACUUUGAGGGACCUUGUGUGAUGGACUGUAAGAUGGGGAUAAGGUGGGAGACCUUGAAAUCCAGUUGUCUCAUUGUGAUAGAGAUGAGAUAGGUGCAUGCUUGUUGCCUUAUUGGUGAAUGGGAGAGUUUCUACUACAAUGAUACAAAA